AAAACGUGGGGAAGACGAACCAAACCACAUAAAAUACAGACCAAGCGAGAAAACACUCUCCUUCUCACUCAAUCUACACACUCAACUCUUAUCGAAAUCUCAUAUUCAUCAACAUGUCAGGCCGUCUCCAAGGAAAGACCGCAAUCGUCACAGGCGGCGCAUCAGGCUUCGGCAAAGGCAUCGCCACAAAAUUCAUCUCCGAAGGCGCCAACGUCAUAAUCACCGACCUCAACGAACAACAAGGCCAAGCCGUCGCCCAAGAGCUAUCCUGCGCUUUCACCCGCGCCGACGUCACCAACCCCGAUGACUGGCGUCGCGUUCUCGAGUUUGCUAUUGAGAAGUACAAACAGCUCGACAUCGUCGUCAACAAUGCGGGCGCAGCGUACUCCAAGAAGCCAACUGAGGAGGUCACGCCAAAGGAUUUUGAUCUUGUUAUGAAUGUCAAUGUCAAGAGCGUUUAUUUCUCUACUAAUGUCCUGGUGCCGUACUUUUUGAAGGAGGGGAGGCCGGGGUGUUUUAUUCAGGUUGCGAGUACGGCGGGUAUUAGGCCUAGGCCUGAGUUGACGUGGUAUAAUGCCUCGAAAGCAGCUGUUAUCAAUGCUACCAAGACGAUGGCUGUUGAGUAUGGACCCAAGCAGAUUCGGUUCAACUCUGUUUCUCCGGUUGUUGGAAGCACCGGAAUGACACAUCUGUUUAUUGGCAAGCCGGAUACCGAGGAGAACAGAAAGGGCUUCGUCUCAACGAUCCCAAUGGGCAGACCUUCGACACCCAGCGACAUCGCCAAUGCUUGUUGCUACUUGGCUAGUGAUGAAGCCUCUUUCAUUACUGGUGUCGAUUUGGAGGUUGAUGGAGGCCGUUGCGUAUAAGCUUAGGAACAGGGACAAGGCAGUCUAUCACUAUUUUACUGGUAGUAAUAAAAUUAAAAAAAAAGUAUUAUCAAUUGUAUUUCUCAUCG